UAAAUAUAAUCUGUAACUUAAACCACUAACAGCGGAGAUAUAAUGGUGUCAUAUAAAAGUGACGAACAGAAAUUUCAAAUAGCAUAAAAUACAAGCGUCUUGUAGAUUUAGACAAACACACAUUCAUACAGACAGAGAAAACGAGAACAAGAUAAGAGAGAAGAAAUCAGUGAAACUACUCGAGUACUACUAAACAGAGGCGAUGGCUGACAGUGGAAACUACGAAAAAAUUUUAUUUAUUCACUCUGCUGAUGGCGAAGAUUGGAGCAAGUAUUUGCAAGAAAUGUUACUUACGGAGUAUAAAAUUUCAUCUGACAACACUCAGUAUAAAGACAUUUGCGAUACUCAUUUCAACAAUUAUUUAAUCAAAGUACUCAUUUUCACGCCAUUAAUGGAAGAGGAGGACAAAGUUAGUGCCACUCUGAAAAAUGACACUUUAAGCUUAUAUGUCUUACUUCAUUGCUCCGUUGAUAUAGAGCAGUCUGUAUGCCAAUAUAAAAAAAUGAACAUAGUGUACACUAAAGAGAUAGACCAAGUAGAGACGACUGUUCGAAAUGUUCUUGAGAAUAUUAUCGAGCUACACGAAUCCUACUUCGAUCAUUACGAAGAAAUUGAUGAAAAGAAACUUCCAUUCCGUUUUUUCCCGAAUACCUUUUAUCCUGGUCAAAACACACUUUUUAUUGGAUUCAACGAGCAAAAAGACACCACGUAUUCGAUAAAAAUCUCGGAAUGUCCAGACAGUAUCCCAGUAUUCCAGUGUGCGGAAAAUAUUGGGAGUUGUACCCUUCCACAAUGUAAACCCGGACACAAAACUGUACAGUUGUUUGACGAUAAGCGUCCUGAAGAGCAAGUAUUCGCUUCAAAUAUUCUGAUAAUCACCACAGAAUCCUUGGUCAAUGACAUAUUCGAGUACUACAGAUCUUGCAAGUCUCCAAACAUAAAUUAUAGAGGUUUUACCAAAUCUAAGAAUAUUUUCAAAGGUCUACAUAACUUUUACCAAGGGCUCCUUUCGGAUAUAGUGAAAGAUUCAUUGAAUGUUUCAGAGACUGAAGACGACAAGGCACCUCCUUUACCAGAGAGAAAGCAACGAAUUUACAUGCGACCACCUCAAAACCCAAUUCCAGAAAUAAGAGCCAGAAACUCACGAAAUUUUAAUUACCAAAAACUCAUCAACAGACAAAAGAUAAGCUCGUAUCUAGAUAAUAUAGUACCACCAAUUUUACCGGACAGAAUAAAUGGAAGACCAUAAAAGUUACAGCACUUUCUCCACUACACCUGCUUACCUUGCAAAAGCAACGAAAAGACUAAAACAUAGAGAGGAGGAAGCAAAGAAGAAUCGAAAUAGACUAUACGCAAUAACCAUAUGCAUGUGGCAAUGUUGAUAGAUUUAAUAUUCAAAGAAUUCUACAAAAAAGAAAUAUUUAUACGGACAUCAUAUACACUUGAUAUACGCUUUACAUAUAUGUUUUAUAUUUAUUUAUACGUUUAAUUGUUAAAUGUUACAACAAAAAUCAAAGCUAGAAAAAUAAAAAAAAUAAAAUAACCACAUAUUUUCAUAUAAAUCA